GUUCUGUGACAGCACAGGGGCCGUGUCACAAUGGGGGCAGCUAUAAAAGGCCGCAGCGGGUGCCGCUGCCCCAGUAGAGCCUGGGCAAGCGGUGAGUACACAGCAGGGAGGAGAUGGGGCUGGAGGAGGGCUGGGGCGGAAGCGCUGGUAGCCGGGGCUGCCCCUGCAUCCAGGGCCCAGCCCCGGCGGGAGCGCCUUGCUGAGGGCGCGGUGCUUGCUGGGGCAGCGGUGCAGGCCUUGCCAGCUGCCAGGGGCCCUCUCCUUCCUGCCACCCCUUCCCUGCCGCUCCUGCCCCUCAUUGUCUGUCUCCAUUCCGGCCCCACUGAACCCCUUCUCUGUGUCCUCCUGCAGACCAUGGCUUUACUGUCACUGCUCUUCGUGCUCGUGCAAAGCCUGAUCCAGUACCCCCAGCCGGCUGGGGAUGGGCUGGAUGAGGCCACGCACCGGCGAAUGCAGGAGCGUCAGGAGCUGCUGGACCAUGAGAUGGCUCGGCUGCUGCAGGAGCUGGAGCGGGGGCCCCUGGAGCAGCAGGACGAGGGCUGGGGAGCCGUGCUCUUUGGUGUCCUGCAGCAGUGGCCAUUCUGGGUUCUUGCUGGCCUCCUGCUUCUCUUGGGCCUGUGGUUUAGCUGCAGGAGAAGGAGCUGUGAGGCCAGCAGCAGCAAGGACCAGAGCUCCCGCAAGACCUUGGGAGACGAGAGAGGAACAGAACAGGAAGAAGACAGCACCGAUUCAGUGGUAGGCAGAGAAAAUGCUGAUGUGACUGUGGAGGCAGAUGACAGCGGCACUGAAAAUGACAGAGAAGGCAGUCCUGUGGCUGCAGAUGAAGGAGAAAACGAUGAUGCCAUUGAAGGCAAUCCUGUGGCUGCAGAUGAAGGAGACAAUGAUGAUGCCAUUGAAGGCAAUGAUGAUGUGAAGGUGAAGGAAGACAGCGAUGUUAACAGUGACAAUGGCCAUGACUUAAAGAAAGAUGAAGGACGGAGUGAUGGGGAUGUGCCAGGAGACAGUACUGCUGAAGGAAAUGAAGAAGAACCUGGCAAUGUUACUGGAAAUGAAGAAGACCUAGAUGAAGCAAACAAAGGAGAAAACAAGGAUGUACAGGUGGAGCAAGACAAGGACACUGGAAAGGAAGAAGAAGGAGAUGGAAAUGAAGAAAAAACCAAUAGUGUGACUAUAAAGGCGGGCAACAACGAUGAUGCAGAUGAAAGUGAAGACAACGUAGAUGGACAGGACGAAUAUAUGGAUGUGAAGGUGCAGGAAAGCAGUGAUGCCAGUGGACAGAGAAGCAGAGAUUUGACUGGGCAGGAAGAUAGCAGUGAAUGCGGGAAUGAAGCUGCCCAUAAUGGUUUUGUUGCACUUGAGGAAGAAAAUAAGCAAGUUAUAGAAGAAGUUGGCAAUGGCAGAGACAAGGAUGAAGAACAGGGUGAUGUGAAUGUGGAGGGAAACAAAAAUAAGGAUAGGAAAGAAGACGAACAAGGUAAUGUGGCUGCCAGUGAAAGAGGUGGCCGUGAUGGUGGCAAGGAAGAAAGCAGCAGUGGUGGAAUUGAAGACAGAGGAGACAUCCAGGAUACUGGGAAUGAGCAAGGCGUCCUUUUAGUGGAUGGCAUACGGUGGCCUGUGGAGGAGCUGAAGAGAGGUUGCUCAGUGAUAGCUGAGCUGAUGGAGAGCUUCACGCGCGUCUUUGUGGACAGCGUGAGCAAUAGCUUCUACCCGGUGCCUCAAGAAGCCAUCGGGGUGGGCAGUGCCUUUGAGGGCUGGAGUCCCCGUGAGUGGGAUGGGGUGUACCGCGUGCUGGUCCCACUGAAUCCCCCACCGGGACAUGCCUUCCACCUGGAGCUGAACAGGGCAGGGCAGAUGGCAGCGAGGACCUUCAGCGUCCGUGUGGAGCUGGUGUGCAUGUGCGAGAGGGAGCGGCUGGGCGAGAAGCUGUUGUGCUUCCUGCACCACUCGCAGGAGGAGCUGUGGCGGAAGCGGAAGCGCAGCCUCCUAGACACACUCUGCACCGGCUCCUACCUGGAUGUGGAGAAAACCUCCCACUGGUUCCGCCAGCUGGUGAGAUGCUCGUGGCUGCACGUGCCUCAGUCAUACUCAUGGCACUUGGUGUUUCAGCCCUGCAGCCGGUCCUGCCAAUUCCAGCUGAGCAAAGGCAAGAGGAGCCUGACGGUGGAGAUGCUCUUUGGAGUGCGCCAAGGGGACUCUGACAUCUUUGUGGUCAGCCAUCCCACAGAGGUCCAGAAAGGCAACUCCAGCAACUCUGUGAGCAGUCAGCCGGCCGAGGCCAAGAUCAUGGCAAGCACAGCGUGGCCUGAGACAUACGCUGUGGCAGAGGCAAAAUUCUUCCAGCACAUCGCCAGGCAGGUGCCGUGUGAGAGCUUGCACCUGAAAUGCCUGCAGGUCUUCACCUGCAUCCUGAAGGGCACAGGGUUUUCCAGCUCUACCUGGAAGACUCUGGUGAUGCACGUGCUGGCCACCGUACCGCUGUCCCAGUGGCGCAGGAGGGAAUUUGCACGGCGGCUGUGGGACGUCAUGGCCUACCUGCGCCGCUGCCUGCACUCGAAACGCCUGGAGCACUUUGUUCUAGGCAACGAGAGGCUUCCUGCAGAGAUCAGCUUGCCGCCGGCAAUGCGGAGGGUUGAGCCGCUCAACCUCUUUGAGCACCUGGCCCGAGAUCCGGCUGCCCACAGAAAGGCGAUGAAAGCUUAUCGUCAGCUGCGAUUUCGCCUCUGGAUGCUGCUCUCCAGCCACUGAGAUGAGCUCCCUGCACAGAGCUGCACUGAGGGGGUCACACCCGGUGGCAGCCACAUGAACUCUGCAUAAUUAUUGCAUUUGUCACUGGCAAUCCUGAAGCUGCUUUCCUGAUUCUGCGGAAGGAAGAUGCUGCAGCCCGUGGAUUCAUUGUGCAGACACAUCUCUGAGUGGCCUUGCCCUUCACCUUCCAGUUACGACGGUGCUGUUGCCUAAGUCUACGAGGCAGGAACUGGCUCCACCUGCACAUCCUCACAGAAGAACAGUGAAGCUGAUGGAGGUUGCUUGGAAUACCUCGAAGACAGCAACCUAGCCUGUUAGGGACUUAAUGUAGUUGUAGUUAUAAUGUAGUUAUAAUGUAGUGAGCUGUAGCUUUAAUUAGACUUGUUCCUUAGCAUUCCUUCCCUUAGGUUAGAGAAAUACCCUACUGUAGUUGCUUGUUGGAUUUUAGAUAAGAUUUGAAUAUAUCUAUGUUUGAGAA